AUGGCGGCUGCAACCUCAGAGCCCCGGACGCUAGAGCGUCUCUGCUCGUCCAAAAUCGCCAAGCACCUCAAGCGCGCCUCGUCCCUGCUGGGCUCAGGCGACCUGUGGCAAAUGCACGCCGACGCGGAGGAGGCGAAGGCCACCACCCUCGCCGCUCAAGGCGGCGACGGCGCGGGUUCCGUGCGACGGCCGUGGAAAAUGAGCAGCCGCGUUGUCGCGCGCAUCGAGGCGUCGCUGUCGCGCUUCACGUGGCGGAAGCCGCCGCCUUCUCCCACGGCCCCGUGCAAACCGCCCAGGUCGCCGAUAGCCGCGAGUGUCACCGCCGAUCCGCCAGCAUUUUCGCCGAAAUCGCCCAAUCUUGCGUCGAGGAGGUUCAAGCAGCGCGGCGCCGCGGAGUCGCAGAUUCAGUUCCGCGUCUCCCCGUCCCCGCGUUCCUCCGCCGCUCGCGUCUCUCCGGGACUUGAUUCCGCUGCCGCCCGCAAGCGCAAUGCCGCGCACGCCACACAGGAGGAGCCCGUCCUGGGUCGCGGGGCGUCCGCCGCUCGUCGCGGGCGGGCAAGCUUGAGCAUGGAUGAGGGGCAGCUGCGCGCAUGGCAGCUGCACGGUGCAGCAACGCCUUCAGACGCCGUUGACAAAGACAGUCUAGACAGGAAUGCCGUUACUACUGGAGACGUUUUGUUUCCAAAGAAGCAGGCGGAGGAUCUGAACCUGGAGGAUUUGGGUCGUGCUGGCAUGACAGAGCGGUCUUUCGUGCGCAGCGGGCGGUGCGCUCAGAGCGGACCGCUGCGGCAGCGGAGAGACGGCAACCAGCCGAGCAGCAGGGUCACAUGGAGCCCUGCUGCUAGCGGCAGCGGAAGGGCCGCCAUGGAGAGCCCUGGUACUAGUGGAAGCGGGAGAGACAGCAUGGGGAGCCCCCAUAUUAGCGGAAGCGGGAGAGGCGGCAGCAGCAGGGCAAUGGUGGUAGGCGCGUCUCGGUCGCUCACUCCCCCUCCCAGCCCAACUGUUAAAACAUUCUCGUUCGAGGCGUACCGGCAGCAGCAGAUGGCCGCGCAAGCAGAGUGGGUGGCGCGGCGCCUGGAUGCAGCGGCGGAGCUCUACUGCGCCAUGAACGGGGAGGAGGGGGAUGCCGCCAUAAACGGGGUCCAGGGGGGCGCCUCCGCCUCCGCCAGCGCGUGCCGCUGCCCCAUAGUGGUGCUGGGGGCGGGCACUCCGCACGUGCAGCCGGUGCUGAGUCAACACGGGCACAUGUGGCAUGAGAGCAGCGCGUGCGCUCAGUACCUCAUGGACAAGCACGGCAUUCCCUCCGCACACAUCUACAAGGAGUGGGCGUCGUACGACACGGUGGCAAACGGCUUCUUCUCGCUCGUGUGGCACGCAGUGCCGCGGCGCUGGCAGCGCCUGCUGGUGCUCACGUCCGCCUUCCACAUGCCGCGCUCUGCCCUCAUCUUCCACUGGAUCUUCUCCCUGCAUGGCUCGGCGCAUUCUCUUCCGCGCUCUCCUCACUCUCCUCCGCUGCUUUCACCAUCCUCCUCCUCCUCCUCCUCCUCCUCCUCCUCCUCCUCCUCCUCCUCCUCCUCCUCCUCCUCCUCCUCCUCCUUCCUCCCCCUCUCCCCCUUGCGGCCACCACACGGCCAAUGGGAGGAGUACAUUCCCCCCUGGAGGGACCAUGGGGGAAGGGCGGACGGAAAAGAGGAGACUGUGGAGGGGGAAGGUGCAUUCAGGGGAGGGUGGUCUGCAGGACAGUGUGGGGAGAAGGCAGGGGGAAAUGGGGCUCCGUUGGGGGAUUCACCUGAUCAGGUGGUUUCUCAGGUGGCGUCACCUGGGGAUCCGUUGGAGCAGGGCUAUGAGAUUCGGUUCAUCAGUGCAUCGGAUGCCGGAAUCAACCCUGACAUGAUUCAGGUGCUUCCCACCCCAUCCAUGCUCCACUACACAUACCACUACCCUCACAUGGUUCAGCACUCCCAUCCAAGCCUGCUCUCCCCUCCCUCCUCCCUUUCAGCCGAGCUUAGGCAAGGAGGCGGGCAGCAUUCGCCUGCUGCAGCAGUGCAUGGCAUGUCUGCAUCUUCUUCCUGCCUCGUCCUGUUCCCCACCACCACUCCCAACACUCCCCUGCUCUGUAUCCCCCUCCCCUCUGGCAUUCGCCUGCUGCUGCUCUUCAUUGCAUCAGUGCGCUCCCCGCCAGCCUUCUACCCCUACAUACACACGGAGCAUCCUUCCCAACACUUCCCUCCUCUUACUCCAUCUCCCUCUCAAUCCCCAUCCCUCCCAGGCCCGGCAAAGCAAGGAAGCGGACAGCAUUCAACUGCUGCUGCCCUACAUUGCUUCAGUGCGCUCCUUGCCGGCCUUCCACCACUACAUGCACACAGAGCACCCCUCCCAAUUCUCCCUUGUCUGCUCAAUUCCCAUUCCUCCCAGGCCCGGCAAAGAAAAGAAGCAGACAGCAUUCGCCUCCUGCUGCCCUACAUUGCGUCAGUGCGCUCCCUUCCUGCCUUCCACCACUACAUGCACACACAGCACCCUACCCAAUACUUCUCCCUUCUGUACUCAAUCCCUCAUCCCUCCCAGGCCCGGCAAAGAAAGGAAGCGGACAGCAUUCGUCUGCUGCUGCCCUACAUUGCGUCGGCCCGGCAAAGCAAGGAAGCGGACAGCAUUCGCUUGCUGCUGCCCUACAUUGCUUCAGUGCGCUCCUUGCCAGCCUUCCACCACUACAUGCACACGGAGCACCGAGCAUACAACGUGCAGCACCAGGAAGAGUUUGGACGGGUGAAGAGUGCCGAGGAGGCGACGUUUGAUCCCAUCAAGCUGUGCUACUGA